AUGGAAUGGCCAGAUUUUCAAUAUGCGCCUUUUAAUGAUAAUCUUUCUUGGGAUGAUCUAUUUCACCCUCAAUUCGAGGUUGAGAAGCCAGCAGAGUGGACAGCCGAAGAGAACAUUUUGUUUGAAAAUGCUUUAGCUGAAGUUGAUCCAAGCAAUCCUGCCUUCUUUGAAAAUGUUGCAUAUAGGGUUCCUUGGAGAUCAAUUGAUGAAAUCAAAUCUCACUACCAAGCCUUGGUUGAAGAUAUAGAGUUGAUUCAGUCAGGUAUUUACCAAAUUCCCAAAUCUGAAAUCGAUGAUCAGGACAACAAGGACGAAUUACAAGAAAGAAAUGAAAAGGAAUGUCCAUCACCGGCGCCUAAAAAGACAUGCAAUAGUCAGAAACGCCGAAGGGGUGUUCCAUGGACUGAAGAAGAACACCAGCUGUUCCUCAUGGGACUGAAAAAGUAUGGGAAAGGAGACUGGAGGAGCAUCUCAAGGCAUUAUGUCCUUAAUAAGACCCCAACCCAAGUCGCAAGCCAUGCACAGAAGUACUUUCGACGACAAAACAGUUUGACUCCUAAGGAUAAGCGUCGACCCAGCAUCCAUGACAUUCAAUGUGUCAAUCCGACCACUUUGGUUUCUAUGCCUCCAAUCAAUACCAACUAUAUUAAUAAUAAAACAGUCAUGGAAGAUGCAAAACUCCCCUCUGGCAACAAUUUUGAGCUCAAUUUCAAUGGAAAGUUUGGUCAUUUUACAAAUGUCCGUAAUCCUAUGUGUCCACCAGUUGGGACCUCAUCCCUAGCAACUGAUCAAAUGUUCAAUCAAGCUUCUACUUCCUAUUCUCCGUCAUGCAUGUUCCCAUCCAUGCAGAAAAAACCCUGGGGUUGA